UUAAGCAAUCUUCCAACGUUUCUUCCAUCUCCCAGUAUACUUUAAAACAAAGGAGCUGCCUUUCCUUCUCUUCAACCACUGAAAGUUUCUUGAUCCAAUGGCCACCAAAGUCUACAUUGUUUACUACUCAACCUAUGGACAUGUUGAGAAACUUGCCCAUGAGAUCAAGAAGGGAGCUGAUUGUGUGGAAGGGGUGGAGGUAAAGCUGUGGCAGGUGCCAGAAACUCUUUCUGCGGAAAUUCUUGGAAAGAUGGGUGCUCCCCAAAAGAGCGAUGUCCCUAUAAUUACUCCACAUGAACUCCCUGAGGCUGAUGCUUUCAUAUUUGGCUUCCCCACCAGAUUCGGGAUGAUGGCUGCCCAAUUUAAGGCAUUUAUGGAUGCAACAGGCAGCUUGUGGGGAGCCCAGAAGCUGGCAGGCAAGCCUGCUGGUAUUUUCUACUCGACGGGAUCCCAAGGAGGCGGCCAGGAGACCACCCCAUUGACAGCCAUUACCCAACUUGUGCAUCAUGGGAUGAUUUUUGUUCCUAUUGGCUACACUGCUGGAGCUGGCAUGUUUGAGAUGGAGAAGGUCAAAGGUGGCAGUCCUUAUGGCGCUGGAACCUUUGCUGGUGAUGGCUCCAGACAGCCUACUGAGCUUGAGCUGCAAAUUGCUUUCCACCAGGGCAAAUACAUUGCAGGCAUUGCCAAGAAAUUGAAGGGAUCUGAAUGAUUUCAGUUAUCCUAUAUGACUCUCUCUUUUUAUCAACAGAUUACUACAAUAAAUGUGCCCUUUUCCUAGAGCUCAUGUUUUCUUGAUUUGUAUAAUUUUAAUCUGCAUUAAGGAACUUUGAAAUUCUUGGACAUAAUUGGUAUACUUGGUUUGGAUUGUUCUCAA